AUGUCUUGGGGAUUUCAAGCUCCUUAUCAAACUUGGAAGCUGAGCUUGGCUCGGCGUGUGGUUAGGCCGAUUCCGAAAACAAUUCAAAGCUUCCCUAAGAAGCUUUCUAAGUCCGCAAAAUCCGCCCACAACUUGUGUUUUGCAGCUGUCCAUGAGUAUGGUUUGAUCCUCAAGGUCACUCCGACUUUCCGUUUAGUGUCCUUCCUUGUGGAACCUCCAUUGCUUACGCCCCUACCUCUUGUCUUCUUGCGGCUUGUCGCCUCUUUCGGGUUUUGGUGGUACCGACAUGGGGAACCAGGACCCCAAGAGCCCCGAUUCCCCUGCUCGCGGCUCUGCGGCAACGUUAACUCUGGGCGAGCGGGGCCGCUGACGCGUUACUGGUCUUCUGGCGGUUCAGCGCCAGCCAAAGAGAGACAUCGCGGGACGCAUGGGCUGCCGAUGUUCCAGAGCCACAUUUCCCCCGUCUAUUUCGCACCCCCGGGCCCUGGCCGCAUGUUCCGUGGUCCGUCAUACGGAUACUCUUUCUUGACCUACGCCCAACGGUUGUCAUUGUCACACGUCACACGUCAUACACACUACCACAGUGACCGCACCACACACAAAGGUCGACGACUGGACAAAAGAGGUGUUCACUGGUCGGUCGUCUGGGAUGUCAUUCUCGGCCCUACCACACUACUUCAGCCCUUCGGACGGAUCUGUGGGAUCCAACGUGCUGGGUCACACCUAAACUGGGUCUCUACUCCGAAUCUUUUGCCCAUCCCACCGCUCCUCAUUCCAUUCUCCUUGGCGAACUACGGAGGGGCCCCCUCUGGUUCAUCAACUUCGGCUCUUCGAUUUGUUCCAUUUGUUAAAAUUUGUCCCGCCCCAGCCCGUGGAGCACUGGAGACGUUUCUUCACGUCGGCGGUGCCGAGUUUCCAUUCUUGACCCUUCUACCCUACAUAAUCACGCCUUCUCCCCCUCGCGCCGCGCGAGGUCUUCUUCCCCACAAGCCGCAGUCUUACAACGACAAAUAUGUCGUCGUCUACGACUUCAGUGAAGUCGAUUCUGAGACCUCCGUCAAGGAGCUCACUACACUCCUUAACGAACUCGAGUCUGCUGGUCUCCAGACGGAAGUGAGGGCCGGCUAUGAUCAGACCCUUCUUAUCUUCGUGAAGGCUCCUCGGGAGCUUCUAGGAAACACCGUCUACAAGUCGAGAGUAAAGGACUGGCUCUAUGGCAUCGUCCCCGAGCAUCCCGGCGGCACCAAGACCACCGUCGUCGACGGCGCCUUUGAGGCAGAGGACAUUCUUUCAGUCUACCACCUCGUCAACUGGCCCAAGUCUCUCGGUGGCGCUGGAAUCACGCCCGAGACGGGCCAGUGGAAGAAUGUCAAGGCCAUUUUCCCUCUGCACAAUGAGGAGACGAACCAAUCCCUCAUGAAGCAUCUCAGCAAGCGGCUGUUCCUGACGCCCGACGAUAUCGAUUCCAUUCGCGACCUCUGGGGAACCAAGGUCGCUUUUUACUUUGCCUUCAUCCAGACCUAUCUUCUCUUCCUCACCUUCCCCGCAAUCACCGGUGUCAUUGCCUGGAUGUACUUCUCAAAGUACUCCCUCACCUACGCUAUCGCGACAUGUGUCUGGUGCACCGUCUUCCUGGAAUACUGGAAGAUCCAGGAAGUUGAUCUCAGUAUCCGGUGGAACGUGCAGGGAAUCGGCAAGGUCAAAGUCAACAGGCCGCAGUUCAAGUACGACAAGAUUAUCAAGGACGAGGCUGGCCAGGAGAAGCAUUAUUUCCCCAAGUGGAAGACGGUCUCCCGCCAACUGCUCCAAAUCCCCUUUGUCUUGCUUUCCGCUCUGGCGCUGGGUGCCAUCAUCGUCCUUGUGUUUGCCAUUGAGGUGCUUAUUUCAGAAGGCUACGACGGCCCCUACAAGAACUUGAUUGAAUACGUUCCGACCUGCUUGCUCGCUAUCGCGUUGCCCUACAUCAGCAGCGGCCUCGAAGAAGUCGCCACGAUGCUCACGAACUACGAAAACCACCGAACGGCCGAUUACCACGAAAUGUCUCUGACGCAAAAGAUCUUCGUCCUCAACAUCAUCACAAACUACCUACCGAUUCUCAUCACGGCCUUCAUUUACGUUCCCUUUGGCGACACCUUUGUCCCCUGGCUCGAGGGCAUGACGAAGGGAUUCCUCGGCGCCAUUGGCCAAAAGUACAUGGACGACGACCUUAGCUUCCACGUUGACGCAGACAGACUUCGUGACGAGGUCAUCGCGCUCGUCGUCACAGGACAGAUUUCCGGAUUCUUCGACGAGAACAUCAUGCCGGUCCUCAAGCACAAGGCGCAAGGGAUCUACCGCGAGUACAAGCGCUCGCACUCAAAGGACACGAUGCUCAUGUCCAUCGUCAAGGAUGCCCCCGAGGAAGCUAGAUUCCUCCGCAGCGCACGCAACCAGGCCACCCUGGAAAAGUACAACGUCCAGGACGACAUUGCCGAGAUCGUCCUCCAGUUCGGCUACCUCGCCCUCUUCUCCCCCGUAUGGCCCCUCAUCCCCAUCGGGUUUCUCAUCAACAACAUCGUCGAGCUACGCACCGACUUCCUCAAGAUCUGCAUGGAACAUCGCCGCCCGCCCCCGGUGCGCACCGAUGGCAUCGGCCCGUGGAUCAACUCUCUCGACUUCCUCACCUGGGCCGGCAGUCUCUCGACCGGCGCCAUCGUGCACCUGUUCGGCGCAAACAGCAUCGGCGGUGGAGCGUGGUGGGCGCUCCCCAUCACCAUCUUCAUCAGCGAGCACGUGUUCCUCGGCUUGCGCUCGGUCGUCCGCUUCUGUCUAGAGAGCAUCGGGUCGGAGCAAAUUCGCAAGCAGAGGCACCAGCGGUACGCGACGCGUGUGAAGCACCUCGAAGAGAUGGAGGCCAACAAGCAGGCUGGGCUUAUGCUCUCAGUCGCCGAGCGCGAGCGUCGCAAGUCAAUCCGGGCGAUGGGGCAGGAGUCCUUCUGGACGACACAGAUUGACGACGGCGCGAGUGCCGCUGUGGGUAUUGGUUUGAUCCAAUCGGUCAAGAGGGCUGAAAAUGCCAUACAACAUCAGUCCGUCCGCCUGCUCCCCGAGCUGGUGACUGAAGCUAACACUGACAUCAUCGGAUCGCAUCCGCGCCAUCAACAAACACAGCAUCAACAUCAACCUGACUUUCGAGCAUCGAUCACAAGACUGACAAACAGGACAGAUCACUACGACUCAUCCAAAAUGUCCAAAAUCACAUCCCCCUUCAACAACCCAAUCUCCUUCGCUUCAUGCUCCAUCGGCCUCCCUCGACACACCCUCGAAGACAAACUGGCAGCACUCUCUGCCGCCGGCUUCAACGGAAUCGAACUCUCCUUCCCGGAUCUCCAAACCUACGCCACUCAACACCUCAACAAGGGCGAAAUCGCAGCCGACGACUAUCACUCCCUCUGCGAAGCCGGCAAGCUCAUCCACGAGCUAUGCGCGCAGCUCAACCUACAAAUUAUGGUCUUACAGCCCUUUGCGAACUUCGAAGGGUGGCCAAAGGGCAGCAAGCAGCGAGAAGAAGCGUUUGAGCGCGCGAGGGGAUGGAUGGAGAUCAUGAGCGCCGUGGGGACAGAUAUGCUGCAGGUCGGAUCGUCGGAUUCGCCGGAUAUCACGUCGUCGAUCGGAGACCUUGUCGCCGAUCUCGCAGAGUUGGCGGACCUUCUUGCGACGAGGGGGUUCAAGAUCGCGUAUGAGAAUUGGUGCUGGGCCACGCACAUGCCAUCGUGGAAGGAUGUGUGGAAGAUUGUGCAGCUUGCUAAUCGGCCUAACUUGGGGCUCUGCUUGGAUACUUUCCAGUCUGCUGGUGGAGAAUGGGGAGAUCCGACGACGGAAUCGGGACGCAUUGAGACUGGUGGUGUGAGCGAGCAAGAUCUCAAGAUGUCGUAUGAGAUCUCUCUUCAGGAACUUGCAAAGACGGUUCCGCCGGAGAAGAUCUAUUUUCUCCAGAUCAGCGACGCGUACAAGGUCUCACCGCCGUUGAGCAAAGAGCCGGAUGAGAGUGGGUUGAGACCCCGGGGGCGCUGGAGCCAUGAUCAUAGACCGCUGCCGUUCGACGGUGGGUAUCUGCCCAUCUUGCAGUUUUUGGAGGCUGUCAUGAGCACCGGCUUCAGAGGGUGGUUGUCAGUCGAAGUGUUUGAUGGGAAAUUUGAGGAGAAGUACGGGGAUGACUUGUCGGGAUACGCCAAGAAGGGGAGGGACGGGGUUGUCAAGAUGCUGGGCGAGAUGAUUGUCGAUGAGAGUGGCCUCUGA